UCGAGUUUGACAUUUCAUCGGAUCAAUAACAUCGAAGUUUCCUGUUGUGAUUUUUUCUAAAAAUCUACAUUUAUUUGUGUGUUAGACGGGCGUUGGUAUCUCUAAUUGAUAAAGAAACAGUUCAUAAGCAUGGGAGACCCGUGGGUAAUCCAGCCCCAUGAGCAUGCAAAGUUCGCGGAGCACUUCCGCAACCUCGGACCCAUCAACGGUCACCUCACGGGAGAGCAAGCCAAGAGAUUCAUGUUACAGUCCCAGCUACCGCCGCCAGUGCUUGGUCAAAUCUGGACGCUUGCAGACACCAAUGCAGAUGGAAAACUCGACUUGAAAGAAUUCUCUAUUGCUUGCAAGAUAAUAAACCUAAAACUGCAUGGUAUAGAAAUACCUAAAGCAUUACCACCAUCUCUACUCGCUUCUUUGAGUCCAACAGGGUCCAAACAACAGUUCCCACCCCCAAAACCCCCAAUACCACCAAUGCCCAACCUCAACCAACCCCUUAUAUCCAGUUUACCCCAAACACCCCAACUACCACCCCAAAUACCACCCCAACCCACCCAAAACCUAUUGGGAGAUUUCAACGCUCCCUCUAUUCCAGCAAAACCUGUACCAGACUUAAUAUCUGGUGUAAAACCGGUUAUGCCAACCCAACCUAUGUUACCAACCAAUCAACUGAUCAACCAAUCAAUGCCUCAACCGAUAACAUCUCAACCAUUGAUGAAUCAACCACUAGUCUCAAACAUAAAUCAACCAAUGAUGAAUACACCAAACUUAAUCAAUACAUCUAUAAUGUCUCAAAACCAAUCAUUAAUCAACACAUCAACUUUGAUCAACACAACUACUCAACCCACGAAUCAGUUGAUUAACACAUCUCAACCGAAUCAAUUGAUAAACUCAACUCAAACAUUGAUCAACUCAACUCAACCGUUGGUCAACUCAUCUCAACCAUUGAUCAACUCGUCCCAAUCGUUGAUGAACUCAUCCCAACCGUUGAGCAACUCGUCCCAAUCGUUGAUGAACUCAUCCCAACCGCUGAUCAACUCAUCCCAACCGUUGAUCAACUCAUCCCAACCGUUGAUCAACUCAACUCCAUUAGUUGGUCUAAAUCAACCACCAGCAAGUGCUCCCUUAGGACCCAACUCUCCCCCACAAAUCCCUGCCUUACCAUCAGGUACAACUGUAAGUUCAGUGGUUAGUCCUCCAAAACCAGGAGUGACGAGUGUAGCAGGUUCGAUUCCAAGUCAACCAAUUACUUCAACACCUAUUACUGCAGUCAAGAGUGAUUCAUUUUCAAAACCGGGGUCAUUAGUAACCAGUCCCACAGAUGUGCCAAUGGGAGUGGUCAGUCCACCGCCAGCCGUCGAAUGGGGUAUCCCCCAGCCACAGAAACUCAAGUACACUCAGCUGUUCAACGCAACAGACCGCUCGAAGUCUGGCUCAGUGUCAGGAGCUCAGGCACGAUCCAUCAUGCUGCAGUCUCGCUUACCGCAGCAGACUUUGGCCCAAAUUUGGGCCCUGGCUGACCUAGACUCGGAUGGGAAACUUGGAUGCGAGGAAUUCGUGCUGGCAAUGUAUCUAUGUGAAAGAGCAACGCAAGGGGAGACCGUGCCUGCGAAACUACCGGUCGAAUUGAUUCCUCCCACUUUUAGACGUGAUUCAGUAUCAAGCAUCAGCAGUAACAAGUCAUACGAAGAGAGAAGGAGAGAGAAUUUGGCGCGCGGACAAGCAGAGUUAGAGAGGAGAAGAUCGCAGCUCGCUGACGCACAAAUGAAGGAGAAGGAAGAAGAGGCGGAAAGAGAAAGAAAAGAAAGAGAAGAAGCAGAGAAAAAAGAGAAGUUGCGCCUCGAAGCUCAGAAGAAGGAGCAAGAAGAGUUGCUUCGGAAGCAGAAAGAAGAACAGGAGAAACGCGAGGCAGCACGAAAAGAGAUGGAGAGACAAUGCCAACUAGAGUGGGAGAAGAAGAGGACUCGGGAGUUAGAAGCCCUACGUACGGAGGAGCAGACCAAGGUCCUUAGCCUGAAGUCCCGCAGCCAAGCCCUAUCAGCAGAACUGAGUUCGGUGACUCUUCGCGCGGGCAACUUGGCCAAACAGAUCCGCGACACCAGGACUUCUGUGGCGGCCGCCAAGUGCACCAUUGACUCCAUGCGGUCUGAUCGCGAUACAAGCAUGUCAGAGAUGCAACAACUCAAAGCGCGAGUCAAAGAGCUAAACGCGAAGCAAAUCGCUCUUAACAAAGAGAAGGCUGAGCUGGAUGCCAAGGCCAAGGCGUCAGAGGGCGCGGGCGAAGAUGGGAAGCUGAGCAUGAUGGAGGUCACCCUCAAACAGCUGCGGGACAAGGUGGACGCAGCCAAAGCGGUAGUAGAAAGCAAGAAGACCGACCUAGAAACCAACAAGUCGCAACUGACUGAGCUCUGCGACACAGUCAGUCAGUUGAGCGAGAAGUGCGAGACAGUGUGGAAACUGUACGAGCAGAGGCGCGACGAGUACGCCAGGAACAGAUCCACUGCACCAGCUGACUCCGCCUGGCAAGCUGAUGCAGACUGGGGCACGUCUGACGAGGCGUGGUCGGAACCACCCGCCACCGAAGCUGCUUGGGGUGACGCGCCUGCUACCAACGCCACCGAAGUGGUGUCGGCCACCCCCGCGGCAGCAACUUCCACACCAAAAUGGCGUUGCGUGUACGAAUUCACCGCCAGAACCGUUGAUGAGUUGAGCCUACAACCUGGUGACUUGGUAAGCGAGGCGACCGCACCUCGAGGCGACGCCGAGCCGGGCUGGAAAUGGGGCACUGCUAGAGGUCAGUCAGGCUGGUUCCCGGAGUCGUAUGUUGAGGACAUCAACGCAAUCCAAGCUUACGCCGAGGUCAUCGAACCUUUAGAGACCAAGACGCAACUUGAAGGCAUAGCUGAGGUACCGGAAGCGGAGAUAACUAAUGACUUGGGCGGCGCCAUGCCUGCUGUUGAGGGCGGCGAUUUCUACAUAGCGGCGUACCCCUACGUGUCCUCAGAACCGGGUGACCUGACCUUUGAGGCUGGUGAGAGGAUCGAGGUCAUGAGACGCGAUGGCGACUGGUGGACCGGCAGGAUUGGCAUACGCACGGGUAUAUUCCCCUCAAACUACGUAACUAAAGACACCACCACAACAAGCGGCGACGUCAUGUCAAGCAUACCCGAAGCGCGUGAACCACAAGACGCUGCGUAUCCGCAACCGCAACCGCAGGAAGCUGCGUAUACGCAGCCGCAACCACAGGAAGCUGCGUACACGCAACCGCAGCCAGAACCACAACUAGAACCUGUGCAGAUGCAACAAGCCACACCGAGUGUAGCGCCGGAGCAGCCCUGCGUGUCGCCGCCCUACCACGCAGAGCUUGUGCAGAUGCAACAAGACACACCGAGUGUAGCGCCAGAGCAGCCCUGUGCCUCGCCGCCCUACCGCGCAGAGUUUGUGCAGAUGCAACAAGAAACACCGAAUGUGGCAACGGAGCACCCCUGCGUCUCGCCGCCCUACCACGCAGAGCUUGUGCAGGAGCAAAAGUCUUCAACACCCAUAUCAUCAGAAGUAGCCGCUAUAACGGAGUCCGCUAGUGCUCCCGGAGGGCCUCGGCCGGCCUCCUCGGCCCGCAGGGACUCGGGCAGGGACUCCGCCACGUCCUCCCGACGCAAGCAUGAGGUGGCGCAGGCGUUGGCUAACUAUACAGCUACUAGUGCGGAGCAACUGUCGUUAGUGAAAGGGCAGUUGUUGAUAGUUAGGAAGAAAGCAGACAGCGGCUGGUGGGAGGGCGAGCUACAAGCUAAGGGUCGGAACAGACAGAGCGGGUGGUUCCCCGCGAGCUAUGUUAAGGUUUUACAGUCCUCUGGUCGUACGUCCGGUCGAACGACCCCCGUCAUGUCGAAAAUGGACACCGUGCCCACUGAAACUGUCAUCGAUAAGGUGAUAGCUCUAUACCCCUACACUGCUCAGAACGCGGACGAGCUGAGCUUCGAGAAAGAUGACAUCAUCGCCGUAACCGACCGCUCGCAAGACCCCGCCUGGUGGCAAGGCGAACUUCGAGGGAUGACUGGCCUUUUUCCGAGCAACUAUGUCACUAAAUUAGUUAACUAAUUCCUAUAAUUAGUUUCACUAAAUUAGUAUUUUAGUGCUUAUGAAAACUAUGAUUAUUCUAUUGCAAGUAGAAUUCACUCAUACAAAACCAUUGUAGUAGUUAGUAGUUCAUGAAAUACCAAAAAAAUAUUUAAAGAAUAAAUAAAUAAU